AUGGAGGAUGAGGACCUGAAAUCUGCCAUCAACGUCGCCUGGGUGCUCCUGUGCACCGCGCUUGUCUUUUGGGAGCAGGCCGGCUUUGCCAUGUGGGAGGCGGGCUGCCUCCGCUCGACCAGCUUGCACUCAAUCCUUCUGAAGAACAUGUGCGACGCCGCCAUCGGCGCCGCGGCUUUCUUCACCCUCGGCUACGCCAUCGGCUUCGGUGGAGGCGCCGACCACAAAUUCGCCGGCAACGACAAGUUCUUUCUCAAGGCAUGCGCGGCCCGCCUGCACAACCCUGCACCGCCGCCGUUCGCCCUCCCAGCCGCGCUCGGCGUGGCUAUUGACGACUACCACAUCGUCUUCUUCCAGUGGGCCUUCGCCGCCACCGCAGCCACUACCGUGAGCGGCUGCAUGGCGGAGCGCACCCAAUUUGCCGGCUACCUGAUCUACUCCUUUUUCGUCACCGCCUUCAUCUACGCUGUCCCCUUGCACUGGCUGUGGGCCGACGCCGGCUGGCUGUGCGCGUGGGGCGACAACGCCGCCUUUGGCUACGGCAUGAUCGACUUCGCCGGCUCCGGCAUUGUGCACAUGCUGGGCGGCGCCGCGGGGCUGGUCGGCUCGUAUGUCGUGGGCCCGCGCGCGGGCAGGUUCACGGACAAGGGGCCGGUGCAGAUCGAGGGGCACUCGAUCGCCCUCACGACGCUCGGCGUCUACUGCCUCUGGUUUGGCUGGUUUGGCUUCAACGCCGGCUACACGCUCGGCACGACGGGCGGCAUGUGGAAAACGGCGGCCCUCAUCUGCGUCAACACGACCAUCUCGCCGUCGGCCUCGAUCCUCUCCGUGCUGCUCCUCGAGAAGUUCCUGGCGGGCUACUACGACACCUCCAAGUGCAUGAACGGCAUCGUGGCGGGGCUCGUAGGCAUCACUGGCCCCUGCGGCGUGGUAGAGCCCUACGCGGCGGCCAUCAUCGGCAUCGUCUCCGGGGCCGUCUACUGCGGC